AUGUCAUCAUCAGUUCCUGAUUACUUGAGAGAUGAAAAUCUGACACAAGAAACAAGAGAUCUGUUCUCUUCACUUCCACGAGAGAAAGGUUGGCUAGUGAGUCAAAUGUAUCAAUACCAAGGAAUUUGGCACACACCAGCUCUGUUACAAGGAAUCUUAAACUGUCAAAAUCACUUUCAAGCCAAAGAUUCCGACAUUAUCCUCGUCACUAAUCCUAAAUCAGGUACCACUUGGUUAAAAGCUCUUGUCUUUGCUCUUCUUAACCGACACAAGUUUCCACUUUCUUCUUCUGGUGAUCAUCCUCUUCUGGUUACCAAUCCACAUCUUCUCGUGCCUUUCUUGGAAGGAGUUUACUAUGAGUCUCCUGAUUUCGAUUUCUCUGAGUUGCCUUCUCCAAGACUCAUGAACACUCACAUUUUGCAUUUCUCGCUUCCCGAAUCCGCCAAGAGCUCGGCUUGUAAGAUUGUGUAUUGUUGUAGAAACCCUAAAGACAUGUUUGUUUCCUUAUGGCAUUUUGGGAAGAAACUUGCUCCUGAAGAAACCGCGGAUUACCCUAUCGAAAAAGCGGUUAAAGCGUUUUGUGAAGGUAAGUUUAUAGGUGGACCCUUUUGGGACCAUGUGUUGGAGUAUUGGUACGCGAGCCGCGAGAAUCCGAGCAAGGUCUUGUUUGUUACUUAUGAAGAGCUCAAGACGCAGACCGGAGCUGAGAUUAAGCGGAUCGCCGAGUUCUUGGGAUGUGGUUUUACGGGAGAAGAAGAAGUGAGAGGAGAAGUGGAGGAGAUUGUGAAGUUGUGUAGCUUUGAGCGUUUAAGUAAUUUGGAAGUUAAUAGAGAAGGGAAAUUGCCAAAUGGAAUGGAGACAAAAGCUUUCUUUAGAAAAGGAGAGAUUGGUGGAUGGAGAGAUACUUUGAGUGAGUCAUUGGCAGAGGAAAUCGAUAGAAACAUUGAAGAGAAAUUUCGAGGUUCUGGUCUGAAAUUUUCUUGUUGA